CAGGCUAAAGCAGAGGUAGACAAGAAAAGGGACGACCUAUUCCUGCAUAGAUGAAGCAGUUUCCGGGAACAGGGUACCAGUAAUAAAUAUGGCGGAGGAGCUGCGGGAAGCGGUGGAGAGACUUCAGUCUCGGCUAUUGGAGAACCUGGACUCUCGCAAGCUGAUGAAGACCCUCCGAAGACUGGGGGAGCUUCCUAUGACUGUGGAUAUCCUGGUGGAAACUGGAGUUGGAAAAACUGUGAAUUCCUUGAGGAAACAUGACCAGGCUGGUGAUGUAGCAAAAACUCUGGUGGCCAAAUGGAAGAAACUGGUUCCACAGGCUACAGACAGACCCAGUAACACCAAAGAAGCUCGGACACAUGGCCACUCUCGCAGUGACAUAGGAAGCGACGGGAGCCGCAAGCGAGCUCGCGAUCCGUCCCCAGAGCAGGCGCCUCAUGAAGGAGAGGAGGAGGAGGAAGAGGAGGAGGAGGAGAGAGGCUACAAUACCAACUACUCCCCAUCUCCACCCCGACACCAUUACAGCCCCCCUCAGCUAUCCCAUGGGGGGGGCCAGAGAGGGGGGUACCAGUCCGAGGGCUACGAGAGCCCUACCGAAGAGGACCCUGAGCUUGAGCCCAGCCCUCCUCCUCGUAAAGAGACACGACACAUUAAACCUCACAAAGAAACGAGCAGGAACCACCAUGCUGGCGGUUCCCAUGGCGAUCGGGACGAAGAGAGGCGACAUCGUCAUGUUCAGAUGGGUGCAGGUGGAAGUGGAGGAGGCGCUGGCCGCAGUGAAGGCAGAAAGCGAAGCGCGGAGCGGGAGGCACAGCCCAGCGACGUUCACAAGGCCUCAAAGCACAGUCGCCACUCCACCCCACAUGACAGCAGGAAGGAGAAGAAAGGAGGAAGUGAUGGGAGACCGCGGGAGCACAGGGACCCACUGGUGGCAGAGGAAGAGAAUGAGGAGCAGUUUGACGCCCCGACCAUGUCAUUUGAGUCCUUCCUCACGUACGAUGCCCCUACGCCUACAAAGAAGAAAAAGAAGCCCCCUAGUAGCAGCCGGCCACCACACGCCUCAACGCUGACGCCAGUCCCCGUGUCCUCCUCCUCCUCUUCCUCAUCCAAACCCAGCAAGGCCAAUGGGUCCCGCAGUAAGAGGCCCGAGCCCAGCCCAUCUCCAAUGGCAUUAACCCCAGUACCAGAGAAACGACGAAAGGUGGUUGAGGUUGUGGCCGCCCUGCCGGACAUCACUCUGCCGGCCAUCAAGCCUAACUACCGACCUCUUCCUUCCAUCGACCUCCUCACACCCCUGUCCCCACAGAGGCGCAAAGUUCCUGUGUCAAAUGACGAGGAGGAUGCUGGCUUCACUGGGAGACGUUUCAAUUCUAAGAUGGUGGUGUACUCCGGCUCCAAGACAGCUUAUCUACCCAAGAUGAUGAGUCUGUAUGACCAGUGCAUCAGAGUGCUGCAAAACAACAUAGACUCGAUUGAUGAGGUGGGAGGUGUGCCCUUUGAGAUUCUGGAGCCAGUCCUGGAGCGUUGUACUCCUGAACAGCUGUACCGCAUAGAAGAGUGCAAUCAGUGCUUCAUGGAGGACUCCGAUGAGUUGUGGAUGCGUCACUGUCAGCGGGAUUUCAAACGAGCGGCGCCCCAGGAAUACGAGUCAUGGCGGGAGAUGUACCUGCGCCUCCACGAUGAGCGUGAGGAACGCUUGCGGAUGCUGACGCAGAACAUCAGCUCCGCCCAUGCCAACAAACCCAAAGGACGACAGGUGAAGAUGGCAUUUGUAAACUCGGUCGCCAAACCGCCGCGCGAUGUCCGGCGGCGACAGGAAAAGUUUGGCACCACCAGUUCCUCCACAGCCAGCUCCACUGCUGCAGCUGCCCCAAUCAAGAUCAGGCCUGCUGCAUUGUACAGUUCUCACUCUACUGAUCCCCCAAGUUCCUCCUCCUCCCACUACAGCCCCCCCCAGGCUUCCCGCUCCUCGGGGUCCGGUGGAGGGGCUGCAAACACACAGAAAGACAAGACACAAGUCAAAAAAAUUGCCCCUAUGAUGGCCAAAACUAUCAAAGCUUUCAAAAACAGAUUCUCCCGCCGAUAGGUUUAGAGACUGAAUGUAAUGUAUGGAGUGAGUGAGAGGAGAGGAAGAGAGAUUGUAGGAGCCAAGCUCUUUUUUUAUUCAAGGAAAUAUGGGAGUUUAUCAGACCCCUGUUUAAUGCUAUACAAAUGCGAUACUUGAUGUUUUUCAUCAUUUUAGUUUAUAUUUAACACACACACACAUACAUUUUCCUUUUGUCAAACGGGCAUACACACACAAAGAAAAAGCAAACAUUGCAAAAGGAAAAAAUAGUAAUUUGUUACAAGUUCAUAUGUGCAUCUGCAACAAACACUACAGUGGGACUCUUGCAGAGAUAUGUUUUUAUGGUACGCAUCACAUAUGAGGACAUAAACAAUGUAAUAUUUGUGCUGCUGUCCCUGACAGCUUUCAAAAAACGUGUACAUGUACAAUCCCUAAUAGGCUUAUUUUACUCCAGGGCAUCCGCAACAUGUAUUCCUGCUGUGUUCUGUGCUGAACGACAUGUGCAUCCCUACUUUUAUCUGGUUCACUGUGAUGACUGAGAAGCGCAGGGAGAGGAAAACACAAAAAGGGAGAGAAGGGAGUGAGGAAGAUAUAUUGAUAGGACCCUGCAGACUCACUCAAUGAUGUAUUUAUUUUCAACUUGGGGACCUGGAUCCCCUGAACUUUCUGGACCCAAAUGAAAGUGGAUCAAAAUAGUAAUUUUAAUAGAUUUUAAUAAAUGUUAUAUGGACAUUUUUAAUAAAAAUUGACUUUUUGCCCAUGAUA